GCAAACGGCCACCCGUGGAAGAGAACUGCGCUUAAUCACUUCUUACUUUCUUUGGCCUUUUGUUCAUCUGGCUGUGGACACCGCUGCUCAUCCUGUCUCUGCUCCGCUGGCUCGCCUUCUUCCUCUGUUUUCCAUCUCUCUCUGCCUCCCACUUUCUCCCUCCCUCUCUCUCUCUCUGUGUUUUGGAGCCCUGUGCGGGGCAGCUGCCAGUGAAACCAGGACCCAGAAGCCCUUUAAGGCUGGUGGCAGAAUCCCAGGAUCCAAUUUCUCCAGGAAACCUGAACUCCUGGCCCAAAGUGUGAGAAAGUGCCAGCACCGGACGUGGACCCUAAAGGAACCUAACGACACACGGUAUUCCUGGGGAGGUGGGACCAGAGGACAGCAUGGAGGCAGAACGGCUGGGCGGCGGCAGCCCCAAGACAGGCAGGUCUGGCCGACUGCUGAAGGGGGCGCUGGGUGCGUCCAUGGGGCUGUCUCUGGUGCUCCUGCUGGCUCUCAUCUUGGUGUCCCGGAAGCUGGGGGGGGACGAGUUCUGCGUUACUCAGGAAUGCAUCGAGGCUGCUGGAUCGAUCCUCUCUAAGAUGGACCAGUCCGCGGCACCAUGUGAGGACUUCUACCAGUAUGCUUGCGGGGAAUGGCUGAAGGACAACCCUAUUCCAGAAGAUUCCUCUACCUAUGGGAUCUACCCCUGGCUGCGACAUGAAGUGGACCUGAAGCUGAAAGAGCUGCUGGAGCUGUCGACAGCGCCACAGGAUGUUGAGGCUGUGAAGAAGGCCAAGAUGCUGUACCGCUCCUGCAUGAACGAGACCGCCAUCGAGCUGGAGGAUGCCAAGCCCCUGCUGAAAGCACUGCGGCACCGUGAGCUACGCUGGCCCGUCCUCAGCAAUGAGCUCGGCACUUCCUGGCAGUGGGAGGAGUCUCGCUUCAGCCUGCUGGAGACGCUGGCUCACAUCCGCACGUACCACAGCAAGUCUGUGCUGGUGCGCAUGUACGUCGCCCCUGACGACAAGAACUCCAGUCGCUACAUCAUCAAGCUGGACCAAGCAUCCCUGUCACUGUCCUCCAGGGAGGACUACAUAACCAACACAACUGAGGCACAGAUGUACAGAGAAGCUCUGCUCAGGCUGAUGGUGGAAGUUGCUGUCAUGUUGGGAGCCAAUCAGCAGAUAGCUCAGACGCAGAUGGAGGAGGUGUUGGCCUUCGAGGGGAAGCUGGCAGAGGUCAUGAUCCCCUUUGAGAACCGCACCAGUGAGAACAUGUAUAACAAGUACAGCCUGUCGCGCCUUCAGAAGACUGUGCCUGAGUUUAAUUGGCUUGGCUUCGUCAGGGCUGCCAUGGACACCAAGCUGUACCCGGAGCUGAAGUACCUCUCGUCGUCAGAGUCCGUGGUUGUCCGUGCCCCUCAGUACUUCAAGGACCUGUUCAAGCUGCUUAAUGUGACUGAGAAACGGACUGUGGCCAACUACGUGGUGUGGAGAGCUGUCCUGGCCAGGAUGACCAUGCUGAGCCGGCGCUUUCUCUACCGAUACUUGGAUUUCGCACGGGUUACCACGGGAACCACGUCACUGACUCCGCGCUGGGACAAGUGUGUCAACUACGUGGAGAACACUCUCAUCUACGCCAUUGGCCGCUUGUUCGUUGAAAGGCACUUCCAGGAGGACAAAAAACUCAUGAUGGAGGAGCUGGUCGAGGGGAUCCGAUGGGCCUUCGUGGACAUGCUGGAGAAGGAGAACACCUGGAUGGAUGAGGAUACCAAGAGGAAAGCCAUGGAGAAGGCCCAUGCGGUGAUGGCCAAGGUGGGCUACCCCGAGUUCAUACUGAAUGACACUUACAUCAACGAAGACAUCAAGGUGCUGUCCUUCUCAGAGACCGAUUACUUUGGCAACGUGAUGCAAACAUUGCACUUCAUCUCGCAGUCGGACAUCGGCUGGCUCAGGAAGACUGUUCCUCGCACGGAGUGGUUCACCAAUCCCACAACGGUCAACGCCUUCUACAGCUCCUCUACCAAUCAGAUCCGAUUCCCAGCUGGGGAGCUUCAAAAGCCCUUCUUCUGGGGACUCAGUUACCCACGCUCCCUGAGCUAUGGUGCCAUCGGUGUCAUUGUUGGUCAUGAGCUCACCCACGGCUUCGACAACAACGGGCGAAAGUACGACAAGAAUGGCAAUCUUGACCAGUGGUGGAGCAACACCUCCAUCUCCCGCUUCAAUGAGAAGACUCAGUGCAUGAUUGACCAAUACAAUGGUUACCACUGGAAAGAGGCGGGACUCAACGUUAGAGGGAAGAGGACGCUGGCUGAGAACAUUGCUGACAAUGGCGGGAUCCGCCAGGCCUUCCGGCUUGCUCAACCCACGCUGUCACAGGCGUACCGCCGCUGGGUUGACACCCACCGCUCCGGGAGGGAGGAGCCCCUGCUGCCAGGCGUCGGCCUCACCAACAAUCAGCUCUUCUUCCUGAGCUACGCUCACGUGCGCUGUAAUUCUUACCGGCCAGAGGCUGCCCGGGACCAGAUCCAGAGUGGUGCCCACAGUCCCCCCAAGUACAGGGUCGUCGGCUCCAUGAGCAACUAUGAGGAGUUUCGCCAGGCCUUCAGCUGCCCGGACAUGUCAGCCAUGAACCGAGGCGCCGACUCCUGCCGGGUGUGGUAGCAGCAACAAUGCUGGUGUCUUGUGAGGGAGCUCGCCAGGGCCCCCCUGUGGCCCGGAGCAGAGCCACAGCCCCUCCGUGUGGCUUGGAAGCCACGUGACUCUAUUUCCAGGCACUGAACCUUUCACAAUAACUCACGUAGGUCAAUUAUUUUAGCUGAUUUUAUUAGUAUAUGUCAUUUUUAAUAAGUGUAUAUGCUGUCUUAGUUGAUUACAUUGUGUAUUUAUUAGUUAAAUUUUCAAUAAACUUAGAUUAAAGUA